CUCCUCCAGCCUCCCUCCAUCGACUUCAACUCCACCAGCACCGCCAGCGCGCUAGACAUGGUGUCGGGCGAGCUUUUCUCGAAGCUGAUGCACUCCUUCCUGACGAAGGUCAUCUCAGACCUGCUGGUCGCCCCCAACAGCAUCUCCGUGCCCUUCGUCGACGCCUCCGCCAUACGGUGUCCCUCCCCUCCCGGCGCGGUCCGCGUGUGCGUGGUCGAGGCCCAGGAUCUACGCGCGCAUGAUUUCCUGAGGAAGGUCGACCCAUACUGCGUGGUGCGCCUGGGCGCUGAGCACUCGGUCACGGCCUGCCUGAAGAACUCCAACAACCCUUGCUGA